UCUCAAGCAGUCAAAGAAGAGGUUCCUUACAACUAACAAUACAAACAUUUCCCCAGAGCACAUGGGGAAAUAUGUUCGUGUACAUUUGCAGUAUUAAUGGUUAGACAAAGUUCCUUACCUAAAAUUAUAGGGAUGAACUAACGUCAACUUAUUUCAAAGGAGUAUAACGUUGCAACAAGCAGCACAGAGAAGAAGCGUGCAAGGAAAGCGAGCAAGGAAUGAGACAGUUUGAAGUCAAGGAAGGAUACAUAUCCUAGAUACCAGCUCUACUUUGAACGGUUUUGAUUCAAUAACAAGAGUGUAUAUAAUCCGGAGAGGAAUCGACGGGAGUUAUUGAUCGCAGCGCCAAAUGUUCCUACCAACUUUUGAGCGUCAACCAUAACGGCGCAUUUGGAAAGCAAAUAGCGCUGUUGAGACGCAUCAAAUUGGUUAAAAGUUCAGCUCCAGCUCUGAAAGCUGAGUUCACUUUUAGACAAUGUUGGAUUAAGUAUCAUAUAUAUUGAUUUCGGAUUUAUAUUGAUUAUAUUUGUGGACCAAAGGCGAGGGUUCUGAAAACGUGUCCAGGACGCCAAUGGACUUCUAAAGAUCUAAGGAGAGCCCCCUGUUGCUUUUCACACCGACCACAGCAUCGCGACACCAGCGGAUGCUGAGAAACCAGCUUCUGUUGUCCCAACGUGGAGAAAACAUGCAGAAGAUGCGCAGGCAGGUUCAGCUACUGUGUGUUGUGCUCUUGGCGACGACCCAGGUGUCAGUCAAGAGCUUCCCCAACAACAGUCAAAAAAGCGCAGGCCCCAAGGACAGGAGCACUGCGACCACGGAGGCAAUAUCUCAGGCCAGCCCGGGUGGCGAUGUGGGUGAGACUCUGGAGGACCUCCAGCAGCAGAACCAGCUCCAGAGCCUGGCGUCCUCCACCCCGCCCUCCCAGAGACCCCGACGCCGGGGCUGGUCCCAGGGGGUUCUGCCCAAACCAGAACCAGAGGAGGAACCAGAACCCUUCAUCCUGGACCUCAGGAACUUCCCUGAGCUGGCCAACGCAGACCUGGGAUCUCACAACCCUAAUAUACAGGUGACAAUUGAGGUGGUGGAGGACCCCCAGACGGAAACAGAGAUGGAGAUAGACCUGGCCAAGGUGGGGGGUGAGGGGGCCCGCAACGACUGGUCCCUGUCCUCAAAGGACAGGCUGGGCCACAAGAAGCUGUUCUUGGCCCUGUUCUGGGAGUACCCGGACCAGGCUGAGACUGAGAGCGGACUAGGCGGCAGGGCCAGCCUAGAGGAACAGGAACAGGAGCAGCCCACAGAGGACUACAACUAUGACCCUGAGGAGCAGGAACCUGUGCUUAGUGGGACCAGGGGGACUGGGGCUGGGGUGGAGACGGGGGGGACUGAGACUGGGGUGGAUACGGGGGGGACUGGGGCAGGGACUGGGGUGGAGACUGGGGGGACUGGGACAGGGACUGGGGUGGAGACCAGGGGGACUGAGACUGGGGUGGAGACGGGGGGGACUGAGACUGCGGCUGAGGUGGAGACCGGGGGGACAGGGACUGGGACUGGGAUGGAGACCGGCGGGACUGAGACUGGGAUGGAGACCGGGGGGACUGGGACAGGGACUGGGGUGGAGACCAGGGGGACUGGGACAGGGGUGGAGACCGGGGGGACUGGGACCGGGGUGGAGACCGGGGGGACUGGGACAGGGGUGGAGACCGGGGGGACUGGGACCGGGGUGGAGACCGGGGGAACUGGGACAGGGGUGGAGACCAGGGGGACUGGGACAGGGGUGGAGACCGGGGGGACUGGGACCGGGGUGGGGGGAGACUGGGGCAGCCGCUGGAGCAGCAACAAGGGAUGGGACUCCAAGGAGAACUACGAGUACGAGGAGGAGGAGUGGAGCGAUUGGUCGCCAUGCAGCGUCACCUGCAGCCAUGGCAACCAGAAGCGUAUCCGUUCCUGUGGUUAUGCGUGCACGGCGACCGAGUCCCGGACCUGCGACCUGGACAGAUGCCCAGAUGACCUCCUAGCAGUGACUGAGAUGAUGCCUCUGGAGAAAACCAAUGGCACUGACUCCCUUGACACAAAUGUGGACAGCUGUGAUAAGUGGCUAAGCUGUAAGAACGACUUCCUCCAGAAGUAUCUCCACCAGGUGCUGACCGAACUACCCAGCUGCCCCUGCUUCUACCCGUCCGAGGCCGUCUACAACGCCGUCAACAUCUUCGACAAGACGCUGCGUAAGACCUACCGCUGGCGUGACGCCUCCGGCCCCAAAGAACGCCUGGACAUAUACAAGCCCUCCGCUCACUUCUGCACACGCUCCAUGCUCUCCUUCAACAGCACCACGCUGGCCGCGCAGCACUGCUGCUACGACGACCACAGGAAACUUAUCACGCGGGGUAAAGGGGCGGGUGCUCCGAACCUCAUCAGUACGGAGUUCUCGCCGGAGCUGCAUUACAAAGUGGACGUGCUGCCCUGGAUCCUGUGUAAAGGGGACUGGAGCCGCUUCCACUCGGUGAGGCCGCCCAACAACGGGCUGCUGUGUCCCGACAACCCCCCCGAGGAGGUCCACAAGGCCCAACUGGAGGAGGCCAGGGAGUACUGAGGGAGGAGAGGGGGAGGAGAAUUGAAACCCUGCGGGGGAAGAGGUGGAGAGAGGGGGUAGAAAGAGCCACGUGUUUCCCAAUUAUGGAGCUGUUGUAUUUUAGCAUGGGCCACAUACUGAGUAUGUUGUGGAUAUCCCAUCUCCUCCUUAUUCAGUGUUUGGUCACAUUGUGGCACAGAGUUUAAUGAUGACUGAAAUUUGACAUUUCUCCAAUCAGGCAACCCGGCAGCCACCCAUCCAAAAUGGAGUCAAGUUGAGCUCCUCUCUUGCAGUGGAGUACUCUGGGGUGCAUGGAAAAACUCUAUGAGAGUCCCAUCUUAAUGGUGUGUUAUUAUGACAUCAUCACCAUCAAGCACUUCACUCAUUGGAUGACUCAUCAGGAUCCACCGGCCAAUUGGAAAAUGCUCUUCCAUGGAUGAUGUACUGUGGUGUUACAGGAAGAGAAAACAACUAUUUUCUAACUUGCUGGUAGUGUAUUGCUUGUGAAAGUCUGGAUUUUGGAGAGCGUUUUUGGGGGCUACAUUCAUACACUGUUCAGUGGUGUAAAGUGCUUAGGUAAAAAUACUUUAAAGUACUACUUAAGUAGUUUUUUGUGGUAUCUGUA